AUGGCAUCCCUCGCACACAUAUGGUGGCACUGCCCACUCACGCAACGAUACUGGACAAACAUUGCGACAAUGAUUCAUACUGUGACAGGUACACAUCUGCCUCAUACCCCUCACACACUGUUGUUCCUGAUCAUACCUACCUCAAUCCCUAAGACACAAAAAACCCUCCUGACACAUCUCCUUACUGCGGCCAAUCUGCUCAUCCCAGUAAAGUGGAAAAACACUGAGGUCAGAGAAUGGAUAGCCAAAGUAGACUCAAUCAAAACCAUGGAAGAAAUCCACGCAUCCAUCUCCCACAGAUAUACACUCUUCAGGGAAACAUGGGAACCAUGGGUGAGAUUCAUGGCAGAGAACUCAGCCUGA